UGAGUAUAUAGGUACGGACCUUAAGGGAGCAAGCAAUCAGUCUCACAUCUUCCACUUCCCAUCCCUCACCUCAUCUUCUCGUCUUUAUUACUCGUCCUGUAACUUCUGAGUAACAAUCAUGCCUGGCGCAAAGAGGCCCGUCCGCGUGGCCGGUGCUUCUGGAGGUUUUAGUGACAGAGUUCAUGCCAUCUCUCGACUCGCGGCUAACGAAGAUGUGGAUAUCAUCGUGGGAGACUGGCUCUCUGAACUGACCAUGACCAUCCAUGGCACAGGCAAGGUUGCUAACCAAGAACGUUUCGCGGGCCGCGAACUUACUUGGGAUGAACAAGUUCAAAACGCCAUGUUUGCCGAAAACUUCAUGGACUGCUUCGAACCAGCUAUUGACGAUCUUGCCAAGAAGGGUAUCAAGCUCGCUGUCAACGCUGGCGCAAGCGAUACCGAGAUUCUCGCAAAAAUCGUCCAGGAGAAAGUGAAGGAGCGCGGCUACGACCUGAAGGUUGCCUGGGUAGAGGGUGACGAUGUCACUGGCGCCGUAAAGGCCAUGCUUGCCAAGGGUGAGGAAUUCCGCAGCUUGAUGCACAACAAGUCGGUGAAAGAGUGGGGUCUUGAUCCCGUAUGCGCUCAAUGCUACCUGGGUGGUCUCGGUAUCGCCCGUGCUCUGACUGAGGGUGCCGACAUCGUCAUCUGUGGUCGAGUCUCUGAUGCCUCGCCCAUCAUUGGUGCUGCUGCAUGGUGGCACGAAUGGAGGGCAGAUCAGUUCGAUGAGCUUGCCGGUUCUUUGAUUAUCGGUCAUUUGCUCGAGUGCGCCGCAUACGUUAGUGGCGGUUAUUGUUCAGAUUUCAAGAAUUUGCUGAAAACCGGCAAGCACAUUGAUCUUGGUUUCCCUAUCUGCGCCAUUGAGGCCGACGGGACAGGAACCAUGUACAAGGAGAAGAACACCGGCGGUCAGAUGACCGUAUCAUCUUGCACAUCACAAUUGCUCUAUGAAAUCCAAGGUCCACAGUACUACAAUUGCGACGUCACAGCUUGGCUGGAAGACAUUAAAAUGGAGCAGGUCGGAGAAGACCGCGUUUACGUCAGUGGUGUCAAAGGCCUGCCUCCACCACCGACAACCAAAGUCGGUUUGACUGGAUUUGCUGGCUGGCAAGCUGAAUAUCACGUUUAUCUCUGCGGCCUAGAUAUCGAGGAGAAGUGCAAGUUUACCGAAGAUCAGAUCCGCUAUGAGAUUGGUGAGGAAAUGCUGAAGAAGUUCACGGUCCUCAAGUUUAUGCAGAACGGAUCCUCCGUGCCGGAUGCGCGCAAUCAGGAUGUCGCCACGGUUGACUUCCGCAUUUUCGCCCAGUCGAAGGACCGUGAGCUUCUGAACAUGCGCAACCCGAACGGCUUCUUCCGCAAGUCGAUGGUGACCUUCCUGCAGUCAUGCCCCGGUGCUUCCCUUGGUAACGACAUGCGCCAAGCCGAGGGCAAGCCGUACUACGAGUACCAUCCAACCUUGUUGCCGCAGACAGAGUUCAAGCAGCGCGUGCACUGCCUCUGGGGCGAGAAUAAGAUUAUCGACAUGCCGCAUCCACCGAAGACACAGGUUUACGACCGACAACAGCCAAGCUACGAGACCAAGGAUCCAGUUCCCCUCGACAGCUUCGGCGAAACGGUCAAGAUUCCACUGGGCCGCAUUGUACUUGGUCGGUCUGGUGACAAGUGUUCCGAUGCCAAUGUCGGCUUCUUUGUUCGCCACGACGACGAGUGGGACUGGCUCCGCAGCUUCCUCACAGUCGACAAGAUCAAGGAGCUGCUUGGCCCAGAAGAGGCAGCAAAGGCAACACACAUCGACCGCUUCGAAAUGAAGAAUCUCCGAGCCGUUCACUUCUUGCUCCACGACCACCUUGAUCGUGGCUAUGACGCAUGCUCAACAUACGACACGCUCGGCAAGAAUGUGUGUGAAUAUUUGAGAAUGAGAAUUGUUGACGUGCCCAAGAAGUUCGCUGAGCGCCCGUGGGUAUGA